GCAUCGUGCGCGCAUGUUACUCCGUAUCGUAUCGUAGUAGCAUUGUAAAUACGUAGUCGUAACUUGUUAAUCUAAGUUCGUAGUAUAACAGUAGUAAAUAAAUAUUCAAAAUGUGUUUGGCUAAGGAUGACACGCAAUCACCGCAGAAGGAGGUGCCGUCACCUCGCUCACCUUGGGCAAAGCUUUUAAACCGUCAGAGCUACAAACCUCGGCUGCCUCGCAAGGUGUCGUCAUCUACGCGAGUUAAUCUUAAUAAGUGCUGGUCCAAGUUGGGGGAGUUGAUCUCCAACGCUGGGCCGCGCACUGACCUACCAUCGCAAAAGACUGCAUACUCCGAGGAACCUCUUCUCAUACCUUUCUCGGACUUCUUCUAUCCUGUGGACCCGGUGAAACCGGUGCCAGUCGAGGAAAAUGACAACGCUGAAAACCAGAACAUUGCGAACAACCGUUUCGAGUUACUCAAUGAAGACUCGGAGAUCAGCGACAACAUGGCCAACGAAGUGAGGGAGAUCUGCUACUCGGCCUCUAAAAACUGCUUCGUAUGUAAACUUUGUUAUUAGUUAUUAAAACUCUUCUUCAGUUCUUCAGCUCUAAAUGCAGUGAAAACAAAAUCGCGUCUUCCAUGAGUAGUUGUAAACGUGCUCGAUGGCACAGAUCCAUUUGUCUUCCAUUAGACUUAGUGAUGUGAUUGGUGCGACGCCUCGUAGUGAUGUAGCUCGUAACGUUGUGAUCUCUAGUAGAUAGUAGUGAGGCGUUGUGUCAUCGUUUAAAUUAGUGUUGUAACAGUAAAUUGUCACAAGUUUUGGUAGACAGCUUUAAUGAAACGCACUGUAAUUAUCCUGCACCAAUCUCAGCCUAUCAUUUGACGCUACUUUCUUCCAGCGUAAAGAUACUGCUUUGUUUCUUUCUGAAUCAAGUGUCUUCCAUUAGUUAUUAGUUUUGUCUGUGAUACAUUAGAUUUUAGAACGAUUGAAAGCUUUAACUAGAUGUAAGCAGAGUUUAUUAGUUUAUAAGAGAGAUAUAUUAGUGUAAUAAGUACUAGAAAGUUCGCUGAGUGUUAUUCACAUCACUUAAUAGUGUUAGUAGUUCUAGAUUAUAUUUCGUGUGAUAAUUGCAACGUUAAGUGAACAUGUUUAGUGGUUAAUGUGUUGAUAUGAAUCGAACAUAUCAGUAAAUGAAGCUUUAAUAGUUUGUAAGACAAUUUAAUUAGAACAUAAAUCAUUUGACUUCCAAUUUAAUUUUUAGACCAAUUUUUUGUUUACUAAAUUUCUUUCUUUCUAAGUUUCCGCAGAAGUGGGCCGAACGUGCCAAUCUUAAUCUAAGUUUAAGGUUGUAACUAGGUUUAAGUUAGCUUUAAGUUUUAAGUUAAUUUUUCUAUUUCGUUUGAUGAAUUCUUCCAAUUGUGUCAAUUAUUAUUGAUUUAGGUGACUUUUUUUCUCUUAUUAUUAUCGUACUUUAACUUAAUUAUGCUAAGCACUUAAGUAAGUUAAGCACUCGUAUCUUUAGACUGAUAAGUUAAGAAUUCAAGACUUUCGUUUGAUCUCCGAUUCUUAAUAAACAUUUAUGUAUAAAUAA